AUGCUCGUGCAAGGACGGGUCUCAUGCCCUUACCACCCUGAACUCAUCUCAUACUUGACUGUUGAGCUGCAUGAUCUAGAUCCGCUCCCUUGGGAAAUUGACGAUUUAAUGGGAAGAAGCCAUACCUUUGAAAACGGAACAUUCCAAGUUAGUGGGUGCGGGUCCGACCUAGGACCGUCAAAUACCCCGGAUCCUUACUUGAAGAUUACCCACUUUUGCCCAGCUAAAAAUACGAAAGGUAUUCCAUUAAAAGCCCGUCACUUGAAAGUUGACGUCAUCCCCGUCUUCCUCCCAAAUAUCUUGAAACUGGGCCGUAUUCGACUGGACGACGAUGGAUAU